CUGUCAGUGGCCACCUGAGGGAGCCGCCUCCCCUCCCCCCACGGCCCCAGUCCGGGCCGGGCCCCGCUGAGGAGGAGGAGGAGGCGGCUCUGAGGGGGCUCCGGACAGAUCCUCAGCCACGUCCCUCUGUGCCGCUCGGCCCCGUCGGGAUCCCCGCGGGAACCCAUGACCUGCCCUGCCAGGAGCUCACAAUGACAGAGGAAACAUGCAGGACUCGGAGUCAGAAACGAGCCUUGGAGCGGGACGUGACCCCCAACGAUGUGGACAGUAAGAAACUCAAAAUGGAGAAAGGACUCUUGGGCACGGAGCUGAACUCUGAGGGAGACAUGAAAAUCAAGGCAGAGCCUGGAGCUGGCAAAGUGCAGGGACUGUUAAAGGCUGGAGAGGUGAAGGCGACCAUCAAGGUGGAGGUUCAGACGGGGGACGAGCCCGUGGACAUGAGCACCUCCAAAAGCGAGGCGAAGCGGGAGAAGAGGGUUCCCUCCCCGGACGUCAUCGUGCUGUCGGACAACGAGCCCUCGAGCCCGCGCGUGAACGGGCUCACCAAGAUCGCCCUCAAGGAGACCAGCACCGAGGCCCUGAUGAAGAGCAGCCCCGAGGAGCGGGAGAGGAUGAUCAAGCAGCUCAAGGAGGAGCUUCGGUUGGAAGAGGCAAAACUCGUCCUGUUGAAAAAGUUACGGCAAAGUCAAAUCCAGAAGGAGACCACGGCUCAGAAGCCCGCUGGUUCCUCUGGGAGUGCUGUCACCCCUCCGCCCUUGGUGCGGGGCCCACAGAGUGUUCCUGCUGGGAAACCCUCCCUCCAGACCUCUUCCACACGGAUACCGGGCACUGUGAUCCCUCCUCCCUUGGUCAGGGGAGGGCAACAGGCGUCUUCCAAGCUGGGCACUCAGCAGAACACGCAGAUCGUGAUGCCCCCCCUGGUCCGAGGGGCCCAGCAAAUCCACACGAUCCGGCAGCACUCCAGCACGGGGCCGCCCCCGCUGCUCCUGGCGCCGCGGGCGUCGGUGCCCAGCGUGCAGAUCCAGGGCCAGCGGAUCAUCCAGCAGGGCCUGAUCCGCGUGGCCAACGUGCCCAACGCCAGCCUGCUCGUCAACAUCCCGCAGGCCUCCCCCACCUCCAUCAAAGGCCCGGCGGUGAGCUCGGCCCAGGCCAAUCCCGCGGCUCCCGGCGCGUCCCUGGGCGGCUCCGGCGAGUCCCCGGCCAGCAGGCAGGCGGCGGCCAAGCUGGCCCUCAGGAAGCAGCUGGAGAAGACCCUGCUGGAGAUCCCCCCUCCCAAACCUCCCGCCCCGGAGAUGAACUUCCUGCCCAGCGCCGCCAACAACGAGUUCAUCUACCUGGUGGGGCUGGAGGAGGUCGUGCAGAACCUGCUGGAGACACAAGGCAAGGCGCUGGCGGCGGCGGCGGCGCGCGAGCCCUUCGUGUGCGCGCAGUGCCAGACGGACUUCACGUGCCGCUGGCGGGAGGAGAAGAACGGCACCAUCAUGUGCGAGACCUGCAUGACCUCCAACCAGAAGAAGGCCCUGAAGGCCGAGCACACGAACCGCCUCAAGGCCGCCUUCGUCAAGGCCCUGCAGCAGGAGCAGGAGAUCGAGCAGCGCAUCCUGCAGCAAACGGCCCCCCCGGGGCAGCCCAAGGCAGAGCCCCUCGUGCAGCACCACGCGCUCAAGCAGAGUUCCAGCCAGAUGUCCCGAGGGGCCGGAGCCUCGCGGGGGGUCCUGCACAGCUUCAGCCCGUCCCCAAAGCUCCAGAGCCCCUCGGCCUCGCUGGGCGGCCGGGCCGGGAAGCACGUGGAGCGCUCCGGGAGCAAGGGCAGCGCGGCCUGGAAGAAAACUCCCCUGGGCACGGGCGGGGCUUUGCCCUUCGUCAGUCCCAGCUUAGCCGUGCACAAAUCGGCCUCGGCCGUGGACCGGCAGCGCGAGUAUCUGCUGGAUAUGAUCCCGCCCCGCUCCAUCCCACAGUCGGCCACGUGGAAAUAAUGCCCGGCAAGA